UUACUUUUUACUUUUUACUAUUUGCUUUUUUCAUUUUACUUUGCACUUUUUACUUUUUACUUUUGUUUUUCACUCAUUCUGUGAUGAAUACUGUAUUCUAUUUUUAUUCUCGCUGAUUUUCUGUCGUUCUAGUUCCUCCACUGUUGUUGUGCCAAUCACCGACGCCCGGGUAGGCGACCCUAACUUACGACCCGUUGAUUAACGGACCGGCGCCAACGGCUUUUCUUCCUCAUGCGAUGGAAGACGUGAUCCCAGAGAUUUUUCGCCUCAGACAGUUUCGCCUUGGGUUGGUUGUGAGUGGAUCACGCCACCCCACAACCAUCGACACCUAUUGUCGGCGUUGGGAUUCGAACCCAGGCUUCGAGCGUGGUUGGUGAAGAUGUUACCAACCACGCAAGGCUUCCGCCUAUGUAUAUAGCAUUCAGAAGUUAUGAUUAAAUUGUUCCUUAAUAACAUAUUGUAGUUAGAGAGAAGUAGAACGCAUGUCCAUGAAUUCAGCCAUGGUAUCAAUGGCAACAGCUUCAAACUUCCAAUCCGUCCAUAGUAAACAACUGUCACAUUCCAGCACAUUCAAAUUGAAAAACCAGCGAAAAAAUGCCACACAAACAUAAAAUCAGACCUUCUAAAUAUGAAAGCAGUGAUCCAAAGAUAAAAGAAGAAAUGCGGACCUUCAUUCAGCAAUUUGAGGAACGUUUGAGAAAGGAACCCCAACACCGCCGCAUUGACCCAGAUUUAUCACAUGUCGUACCUCAUCACCUGUACAAAAAAACGGCAAAAAUUGUUCCGCUCUCGGAAUACGACCAGCGUGAAUUCGAGAACAUCAUAAUAAACCGCUUGAAGAACGCAUAUCGUUAUGAUAGUAAGGGAGAUAAUGAUUCUGACAGCAUAAGUCCCGAAACGGGUGACAGUGAUGAGUAUGACGAUGACCGCCAGUCCAAGUUCGAACUGAAAAUCGAACCCAAAACAAAGCCACGUGAACUGAAACUACGAGAAGUCAACUGGAUGGAAAGUUUUCUUAAGAAAACCCGCAAGGAACGGAUCAAGUGGCAGACUAAGCUGUAUAAAUCGGAUAAAAAGUUACUGGAAAAGCCCCUGUUCGAGCAGGUAGAAGAGUUGAUUGAUCUCGGCGCUCAGGACUUUGCCGAGUGGUUGAAUAAGCUCGGGGCGGAAAAAUCCAACGUCACUAAGGACAUCAUAAAGCAACUAUUUUCGAUUGGUGUCGAAGGCGACUCGGCGAAAGCUCUCUGUGUCGAGCCGAAAGAAGUUCGCGCCAUUCCGGAGGAGGUGGCUAAAGAUUGGAAUUUGCACUAUAUGGCUCUGCAGCGUCGAAUCGCCCAGGUUAUGCGAAGCGACCGGCGGGAGGCGAAAAUUCGCGAGCGGCAUGUCGCUUUCGGUCGUACGCUGCCUUUGCACAUGCGCCGCUUCAAACGGUUCGAUGACAUCGAGGAAAUUGUGCCCAAUUUUCCGGAGGAAACGAAGACCUUCGAGACGGUUUUCAAGGGUAUUUGUCACCUGCGCUCGGUGAGAAUACUGGUCGACCAUCUGAAAGAACACCCGGAAAUGCAUCGGCCAAAGUAUCUGGUGGACCAGGGUUUUUUCAAACCGACGGAAGCCCAACCGAAUGACCACGUGCCGCUUUAUAAGCUAUAUUUUAAAAGGUAGAACUUAACGGCUGAGGUAAGUGAUCCGUUUUAGCUGAUUUAGUUUGCGAAAACCCUUAAA